GGUGUCUGCAGUGCGGCGGCUCUGCGUUAUAAAAGUAACCAUGGAGUACUCUGAAAACUCAGUGGAUUCAAAAUCCAUUAAAAAUUCAGAAAUGAAGAUCUUCCAUGGAAGCAAAUCAGUGGACUCUGGGAUAUCCUUGGACAAUAGUUACAAAAUGGAUUAUCCUGAAAUGGGUUUAUGUCUAAUAAUUAAUAAUAAGAACUUUCAUGGGAAUACUGGAAUGGCAUGUCGGUCUGGUACAGAUGAAGAUGCAGCAAAGCUCAGGGAAACAUUCAUGAACUUGAAAUAUGAAGUCCAGAAUAAAAAUGAUCUUACAUGUAAAGAAAUUAGAGAAUUGUUGCAUGAUGUUUCUAAAGACGAUCACAGCAAAAGGAGCAGUUUCAUUUGUGUGCUUCUGAGCCAUGGUGAGGAAGGAAUAAUUUAUGGAACAGAUGGACCUAUUGACCUGAAAGAACUGACAAGUUUUUUCAAAGGGGAUUGCUGUAGAAGUCUAAUCGGAAAACCCAAACUUUUCAUUAUUCAGGCUUGCCGAGGUACAGGUCUGGACUCGGGCAUUGAGACUGACAGUAGUACUGACGAUGACAUGGCAUGUCAGAGAAUACCGGUUGAGGCAGACUUCCUGUAUGCAUAUUCGACAGCACCUGGUUACUAUUCCUGGCGAAAUUCGAAGGAUGGAUCCUGGUUCAUCCAGUCACUUUGUGCUAUGCUGAAGCUGUACGCUCACAAACUUGAACUCAUGCACAUUCUUACUCGAGUUAACCAAAAGGUAGCCACAGAAUAUGAGUCCUUCUCCUUGAAUUCCACUUUUCAUGCCAAGAAGCAGAUUCCUUGCAUCGUGUCCAUGCUUACAAAAGAACUCUAUUUUUAACAUUAAAGAAAUGGAUUUUUUUUUUUGAUUUUGUGUGCCAAGUGAAAAAAAUGGUGUAACUGAUAACUUUUUUCUUUCCACUCUUGUUUUAAAUCUUAUCUAAUACUCUCAAUGGUCCUUUGAAACAUACCACUUUCACAGCAAUAGAAUUACUCCAAAGCUACCUCAAACUCAAAAUCAGGUAGUUGAAAGUGAAUUUAAUUAGGAAUAAGGAAAAAUGAAUACUGGUACAAGAAUUACGAGAGGAAAUGAUUAUAAAUGAAUACUCUUAAUUAGCAACUGUUAGUGAUUUAUGCUGUGAACUUUCAAGUAAUUAUGAAAAAGUUGAACAUGGAUUUCAAUGAUACUCAUCGGGGAUUUAAGAGUGUACAGUUUUGGUUUUGUCCAACUGUAGAUGUGAUGUAUCCUGGACUUGGGGACCCACAGGCAUAGAUAAAGGCUUAAAGACCUUGAUUUUAGAUUUGGUAUAGAGGUGUAUUAACUGUUUUUUAGAGCAUCUACCUGAGCUGUGGUACUGUGUUAUUCAUCCUGAGCAUGCCUUUGUUGUUAAAACAAUACAACAAACAUGUUUGACAUUGAAAACGAAACUACUUACUUACAUGAGAGACCAUGUGAGCAAUGCAACCUUACAGGCUAAAUGCCACCGUAAUAGAGGUCCAGGGCCACAGCAAUGAGGUGCCCAAGUACAGCUGACCCUCCAGCACCAGCACCUUGCACUGGUCCCUGCACCAGUCUGUUGAGCAUCACAUACCAGCAAAAUAUCUGAAGACGCAGUUACAUCAUGACUGAAGCCACUGGGCACAGCAGGAUGGACUGAAGAAAAAAGGAGCAUACUAAGCUACAGCUUUUGUAACAGUGAGUCAACCUGCUGAGCGCUCUGACAGAGACUGCACAGCCUGCACGUGAAGGCAGGCCCCUAGGCCAAGGCCCCGAAUAAAGGCUAGCCAGCCGGGUUUCUGAGCAUGGACUAGUGCACAAGGGGCUGUCCUCAAGGCAGCACUCUCCAAGAAAGUGAACCAAAUCGGAAACUUCAGAAAUAGAGUUGUCUCUGAAGAUGGUGAGAGUCACAGUAGAAACCAUGGUACUCCUUGGUAGUAAAACUUCUGAGCUUGUUUUCUCUUCAGUUUUCCAGUUAAAGGGAAUGGCCCCUGUUACAGAGUGUUCUUUAUUGUGAAAGGGGGAUUGUGGCUCACAGGAUGACAGACCAGUCUUGCCCUGCACAGGUGCACAGAGAAGCACCAGGCCCAAAGGAGGCUGGUCCCCAGCCAAGGAGGCCGGGCGAUAAGCCUCCUCACUGGGAAGGGCUGUGAGGUCACUGCUUCAGGUUGAGGUCUCUUAUGAUUCUUUUCGUCAGAGGUGGGAAUUUGUAUUUAUAAAUGACAACUAUUUGUUGUGAGUAAGUCUGUAACGUUCUCGAAGUAAUUGAAGCAUGUAAUAGUAUAUUGCUUGUUCUUGUGUGACCAGUUCAAAGAAAUUUGUUAAAAGAGUUUUUGAUUUCUAGAUAUUAAAUAUAA